ACGCGAAAGUUUCGCGGGGCAGGGAAGCGGGGCGAGCGCACUUUGGCGAGCGGCGCCCCGGAAGAAGGUCGGGCGAGGGAGCCGGGCAGGAGGCGGGGAAAAAACGCCGAAGGGGGCAGCCGGACCUCCCCGCGCAAGCCGAGCCCCGAGCCUCUCCAGCCGCGCGCCGGGCCAGCAGGCUGCGCAGGGAGAGCCGCCGCCGCCGCCCCAGCCGCAGCCGAUGGCCGCCUAGGAGACUCCUGCCGGGGGCGGAGGGGAAGGAGGCGUCCGCUUCUUAAUCCGAAAGCCGCCCGCCGGGGUCGGGAGAAGCGCCGCCGUCCCGCUUUGCGCCUCGCCCGGACCAGCCGCGCGCCGCGGAGAUGGACGCGCACACCCGGUGGAAACGGCGGGGCUGGCCGAGCCGGCCCGGGAGCCUGGCGCUGCUCCUGCUCGCCGCCCUCGCCCACAGCCGCGCAGCUGAGCCUGAAGAUCUAUUGAAGGUAUUAGAUUUCCAUAAUUUACCCGACGGCAUCUCAAAAACGACAGGGUUCUGCACCAGCAGGCGGUCUUCCAAGGGAGCAGAUGUGGCCUAUCACGUGACCAAGGAUGCCCAGCUGAGUGCCCCAACCAAGCAGCUUUUCCCAGUGUCUCCGUUUCCGGAGGAUUUCUCGAUCCUGACCACGGUGAAGGCCAAGAAGGGUGGCCAGUCUUUCCUGAUCUCCAUUUACAACGAGCAAGGCAUCCAGCAGGUCGGGGUGGAGCUGGGGCGGUCCCCCGUUUUCCUGUAUGAGGACCACAUGGAGAAGCCGGGCCCCGAGAACUACCCUCUGUUCCGGGGCAUCAACCUCUCGGAUGGCAAGUGGCAUCGAGUUGCUUUCAGCGUCCAUAAGAAGAAUGUCACUCUGAUUUUGGACUGUAAAAAAAAGGUCACCAAGUUCCUGGACCGAAGCGAUCAUCCCAUCAUUGACGUUAAUGGCAUCAUUGUCUUUGGAACAAGGAUCUUGGACGAGGAAGUGUUUGAGGUAAGCGUGCAAGAGAGACAGAACGGCCACGAUGUCUGGAAGGCAUCUCAAUGCUGAGCAUCGGAGGGUUUUGUUUCUUGGGAUAAGAAGAACGUGUUCAGGAUGAGAGAGAGAGAGAAAAGAAAAAGGGGGGAAGUUUGUCACGUCCUAUUUGAGAAAGGACGCCUAUCUAUCAAAAACCACUACAGAACAGUCUCCAUUGCAGAGCUUUGAAAGCGUAGCCGUGGCUCAUAACGGAGCUCUCUUGGGUGACCCCAACACGAGAGAAAGACAGGUAGAAACCGGAAAUUAAUAAGCCAUGGUCAAAGGCUCUCUGGUUACCCUUUGCUGCUCCCAAGUCAGCUUUAAGCCAUCACCCUUGUUAUGUCUGCUGCCAAGAAGCGAACUGGCUCCUGUCCAGUUUGGGGUUUCCAUUAUGCCGUUGACUUCUUGAGUGGUCAGCCUUGCGGGUCUGAAGAGCCCAUCAGCUCCAGGCUCUGGGCUCUCUACAGGCUCACCCAUUCUCCUGGCCCAUCUUCAUCCCUCUUCGCUGUCCUUUAAUUACCUUCUCCAUUUCUACCCAAAAGCUCUGGCUUUUUAAAAUUACCGCGCUAAAGCCACGCUUCCAUUUCCGUCAGGCUUCCUCCCCCCCCCCGAUCUGGGGCUUCUGAAUGCCAUUUUGUGGGUGGCGUUCUUCACUGGGUUUGCAGCCUAGUGUUGACGUGUGUUGCCCUCUCUGCCUUCUCUUUGCCACAAGAGGGGAUUCGCCUGAUGUCGUUUCCAGGGGAUUCUCGUGGAUGGAGGAGAAGCUGGGGAGCUGCAGAGUUUGGGCAGAGUUAAAAUGGGGACGCUUAAUACGCACACCUGCUCGGUGGUUGUCUGAGGCCUAGAGUAAGAUGAGACAAAGACCCUGGCACUUUGCCCAGAGAAGUUUAUUGCAUUUUUCUUAUUUGAAAAAAAAAAAAAAAAUCAAAAGGACAUUUUAUCAUCAAAUUGAAUGGGAAUUAUUGAAAGAGGUUUCUGGGAAAAGGUUCUUGAUGCAAUCUGGAGUUAAAAUCAAGAGCAGAGAUGCUGGACAAGAGUCUGGCCAAGUGUUAUUAGUGGGUGAGGAGGCUUUACAGGAACAGGUAGUCCACAACUUACAACCAUUCAUUUAGUGACCAUUUGACGUUGCAAAAGCACUGGAAAAAAACAACGUACAAUCGGCGCUCACACUCAUACAACCCUCGCCGCUCCCCAAGGCCGCAGGACCGAAAUCCCGGGACUUUCGGCAACUGGCCUGGAUUCACAAUGGUUGCAGCACCCCAGGAUUACGUGACCGCCGUUUGGGGCCUUCCCAGCCAGCUUCCAACAAUGGGGGAAGCGGAUUGGCUUCAUGACCAUGUGAUUC